AUGCCGCAAAACGUCGGCGGUCAAUCAUUCAAUCCGAGAUAUGAUCUCAUAGUCCAAGAUGAGGAGAAGAUGGCGAAACCUGAAUUUAAAUUUCCGAUUGUAACAGCUUCAUCUCAUUAUUCAAAAUUUAGUCAAAAUCAUCAUCAUCUUCCUUCAAGACUUUCAACUUCUAUCUUGCAAGAAGUCCCAACGUCUACUACAAAAUUAAAUCCUCAAUCCCAACGACAACCACAACUACAACCACAACUACAACCACCACCACCAACAAACCCAACUUACCGACAUUUAUCCUUGUCUCAUUUGAAGAGGCUCACCUUGCAACCCCUCAACCGUCCUUCUCGCUCAAUUAGAUCGCAUUUUCGAAAUCUUAGCUUGAGUACCCCUAUCAUCACCCUCCCAGACCAUUCAACUACUUCAACGACUCUCGCUCAAUCAUCAUUAGCACCACUGCGGUUCCAUCGUCAUCAUCCGCAUCCAUCCGACACAGCCUCAGUUUCAUGUAUCACUAAGAUUGACACUGCGCCCAAUAGUCAAAUACAUCACUUGCCAUCGCCGCAGCCUGAUCCAAGCCAUUAUCAACGUUUAAAAACACCUAGGAUUCGCUCACUUUCGACACUUCCAAAUUCUAACUCUACUUCGAUGGAUUCGGAAAGACCCUAUCCACCAACUCGUCAUCAUCAUCAUCAUCACCAUUCAUUUUCAGAAGUUUCACUAAAUCAAAACGACCCCUAUGAAAGUGGAAAUGUAAAUUCAUCUGAAUCAUCAUCUGAUUCACAUAAAGAUUUAGUUUCACGUCAAUUAUGGGAAGAAUUAGAACAAGAAUUAGGUGAAAAGAUUGAAUUUCCUUUAGAUGUGAAUCCAAGUAGUCAAUCUUCAUCUCCUAUUCCUCAACAAUUCGAUUCGAUGUCUACUACUAGCUUUCCUUCCUUUAAAGCCAAACCUCAUUCAACUUAUUCUACUCUUUCAAACGAAUUACAACCUUCUUCAUCAAAACGGAACAUCAACCUAAGUCCUAUACUACAAGUUAACACUCCUAGGGGCAUCGCAUCCGAAUUACGAGAAAGUAUGGCAACGCCUAAACCCAGACGUCCCUCAGUCCCAGCCCCUCGAGAACUCAUCAGCCAAAUAUCUACUGGUAUACCGCCAAUUCAUCCAGAUCCAUUGAACAAUCCUGUCGACACGGCACGUACUGCUUUACACAAACUUCCAUCAAAUCUUCAAUCAAACGAGUCAAGGCGUGAUAGUACUGCGAGUAGUGAAAUCAGUCUUAGUGCCAUCUUUGGCAAUGAUACCGACUCUCUUGAGGAUUCUCAUGAUCUAGAAGGAUUUCAUCAAUCUCAAGAUGCUCGACUUUCGGCUACACUUUCAACAUCAAGCCAAUUGAGUAUGAACCUUUCUAAUCCAUCAAGCUCUUUAACUCGACCACGUUAUUUGUCAGGCGAAAGUACUGGUAGUGAACUCGAAGUGGCUACUCCUAAUGACACUAUGAUGCAUUCACUUGCAAGUUCGGUCAAAACUUCAUCCAUCGAACCUCUCAAUGCGUCUCUAGAUGCACUUCAUCUUCAUCAAACAGAUGAAAUGAAUGAAGCACGGGAAUUGAUUGAUGACAGCUGGGUUGCAUCGUCUUUACCGUCUACUAAGCCACUUAUACCGUUAGGAUCUCAACAUACUAGACGUCAAGCUAAACCAAGUCAAAGUCCACUUCUUGUAUCGGGUGAAAUUCCCAUAUCGUUCACUCCCAAUCUCAACUUAUCGUCACAUCCAACUCAUAAACCUAGGCACAGUCGCAGAGGAUCUCAACGGUUUCGACAUGCACCUCAUCCAUCUACUUCUUCAAGUGGUUCGAUUGCUGAUAGUCAACGAGCCUGUAGUUAUACAAGCAGUAUCACCAACGCUACAUCGAAUAUUGAAGCCUAUCAUCCAGCUUUUGAACCGAUUAGUUCAUCAAGAUCUAAAGAAGCUAAUGAAAGUCGAGUACUCAAAGCACAAUCAGCACCACCUGGUAUCCAUGGUAAAAUCCAACACUCUAGAGUCUCUAGUGUGAUUUCUCAAGCAUCAGUACCUAGUACUAACAACCCACCUAUACCGGAGAAAGUCAUCACACGAAGAAAAAGAAGUGCAAGUGCAUCUGUACCAAGACAAAGAUAUUCACCACCUACAAGCUCAUUACCAGAAAUUCCAAAAGAUCAUCCAGCACUUAAACCUCGACCUAGUUUAGAUUUCAGAACCCAUUCAACUCUUUUGGAGUUUCCAAAACCUCCAAUCCGACCAUGUCCACCACCACCACCACCAUUACCUUCAUUACCACUACCACCAUUACCUUCCAUGAAACUCGUACCGAUCACUAGAACCUUGAGAAGACAAAGAUCUCAACCUACAUUAGAGUUUUCGAUUUCUAAACCGAUUGUGCCAUCACCUUUAAACUUAUCAAACAUUCCUUCACCACCACCAUCACCUGAUCGGUUUAAGAAAGAGGAGAAGGGUGGUGUUAGUAGUAGUGGGAUGAAUAGGUUAAGGUGUUUGUCCACUUCUAGAUCUAGAUUACCGUUUCAUCAUUCUAGAAAUAAAUCGGAAGUGAACAUGAUCGGAUAUGAUCUUGCGAAUUCAAAUCAGAAUGUCGUGAGAAGUACUUUUGAAGAUUGAUGUGGUCUUUUUGACGUUUGUUCGUUGGUUGGGUAGUUUUGGUUGGUGUAAAGAGAAAAUUUUUAAACUUGUAUAUUGAUCAUCUUUUUUUUUCUUUUUUUUUCCAUUUUGUCUCAAUACAUCACAUUUCCCUAUCUUUUUUUUGUUUGAUGAGAUCAAGUACACUUCUUUGUUUCUACUUAUUCUUUUUUGGGGUGGCUUUGGUUUUUUUUUCAUUUCAUGUGUGAUGUGUGUGAUUUAUUUAUUUUGUUUGUAAUCAUAAACCUUUUGAUUUUUUUUCUUUUUUGAUGUUUUUAUAUAUUGUUUUGAAAGUUUUUUUUCUUUUGAUAUAUAUAUACGUCAUACAAUGUAUAUAUGUCAUCAAAAAAAAAUCAAGACAGAAAACAAAAUGAUUCUUUUCAAGUAAAAAAAAGAUUUUUUUGUUU